AUGGCAUCUUCACAAAAAGGUCUUUUCGAAGGCCAGAGCCCGUUGCAAUAUGAUCCUUCGAAUCCGAUCAUUUUAUUCUUGUUUCAGGUCGUCAUAAUACUGAUUGUAUCGCAUUUGGUGCAUUUUGUCCUUUCACGACUAUACCAGCCAAGAGUCGUAUCUGAAGUCGUCGGCGGGCUGAUCCUCGGGCCAUCAGUGCUCGGUCAUGUUCCUCAUUACAUGGACACACUGUUCCCCACCUCAGCAAAGCCGAUUUUUGACGCAGCCUCUACGCUCGGUUUGAUCUUCCUCAUGUUUCUCGUCGGCCUUGAAACAGAUCUUACAGUCGUACGUAAACAUUGGCGAUCUGCCACGGCAGUAGCGGGACUUGGUAUUGUAAUCCCAUUUGGGCUUGGCGUUGCUGUUGCCGUUGGAAUUUAUCACCACAUCGAAUCGAAGAAUGAGAAUGCGGCGAGCUUUGGGGUGUUCGUGCUCUUUGUCGGACUGGCAAUGGCGAUUACUGCUUUUCCAGUGCUUGCUCGAAUACUGAUGGAGCUCGAUCUCCUAACCUCACCAGUGGGCUUGAUUGCAUUAUCUGCAGGUGUUGCGAAUGAUGUAGUUGGUUGGACUCUACUCGGUGUCAGCAUUGCACUCGCACAAGCCAGCUCUGGGCAGGUAGCCAUCUACAUGCUCCUCUGCUGCACUGCUUGGGCUUUGUUGAUGGUAUACGGCAUCCGGCCACUACUUCACCGCUUUGUGCGUUUGUCGCUGUCUGAGGCCAGUAAGCCUGCCGAGAUGCAGCUUGCUGUAAUAUCGCUGCUAGUAUUGGUUUCGGCGCUGUUCACCGGCAUGAUUGCAGGCAUACAUCCAAUCUUUGGCGCAUUUAUGGCCGGAGCUAUUGUGCCCAAAGAGGGUGGCUACCACGAGAAGCUAGAAAUUCGAUUCGCUCCAGUCGUCUAUAAUGUGCUUCUGCCACCAUUCUUCGCGCUCUGCGGCAUCAACACGAACAUCUCUGGUCUUACCAGUGGCGCCGACUGGGGGUAUGUGGCAGCAGUCUGUUUCAUCGCCUUCGUAGGAAAGGUCGUCGGCGGGUUCAUUGCUGCGAAGCUGUGCAAGAUCAAGACUCGUGAAAGUCUGACGAUCGGCGUGCUUAUGAGCUGCAAAGGCAUUGUUGAGCUCAUAGCAUUGAACAUUGGCUUGCAAGCUGGCAUCAUUUCGCAGGAAACGUUCACCAUUUUCGUGGUCAUGGCCGUGAUCCUAACGGGAUUGACGCAGCCAGUCGUCGGAUGGCUCUUCCCGAUGUCUUUACGCGAUCCUCAUGGGCACAUUUAUUCCGAACAGAGCUUCAUUCAAAGCAGCCAAAGCACAUCCGAGAGAGUUCUGCCGUCGACGCCGGAGACUGCUGAGAAGCCCAGUAUGCUGACCGGAGUGUGA